AUCUUAAACACCCUUUUCACACAUUUUCCAUCUCAACUUUGAUCAUUACUUUAUUAGGCUUUUAACUUUACGUUUGUUGGUAAACUAAGGUGACCAAGCCAGCAUCUGCCGUGUGGGGACUUCUCUUCCCGAGCCUGGACUGGACCCUUUCUUUCUCAAAUUCUCAAAAGUCUCCACUUUUGGAGGCAAAUGACUAAUGAGGCUUGUCCUCUUCAGAAUCUUGCCCCAAAAGGGACUUCCAACAUCUGAAUCUUAUUAGAUCAAACUAACUCUUUUUCUGCACCGGAGUCCAAUCAGCAGCGAUGAAGUGUUUUCCAUUCUCCUAUGGAGAGAAGAAAGAUGAGCCAAAAGGCUUGCAGUCGACAUCGGGUCGGUCAGACAAUUCCACAUGUGUGGAGGCUGAGGUUAGAAGAUCUGGUUCUGAGUUAAAUUCACAGGAUGUUUCAGACAAUGGCAACACAGAAUCCCUCAGGAGGAAUGCAAUUCCCAGUUUGUCCCAGAGGCCCAGCAACCUUAGAGUGUUUACUGUAUCUGAACUGAGAUCAGCCACAAAGAAUUUCAAUCGCUCUGUUAUGAUUGGAGAGGGCGGGUUUGGGUGUGUCUACCUGGGGCUGAUUAGAAGUGCGGAGGACACAUCCAGAAGAAUUGAAGUUGCAGUUAAACAGCUUAGUAAAAGAGGAAUGCAGGGGCAUAGGGAAUGGGUGACAGAAGUUAAUGUUCUGGGCAUUGUUGAGCAUCCAAAUCUUGUGAAACUAGUGGGUUACUGUGCUGAUGAUGAUGAAAGAGGAAUCCAACGGCUUCUGAUUUAUGAAUACAUGCCAAACAGAAGUGUGGAACACCAUUUAUCUCAUCGGUCAGAGACUCCUCUUCCAUGGAGUAGGAGAUUGAAAAUAGCUCGAGAUGCAGCUCGUGGGUUAACAUAUCUGCAUGAGGAAAUGGAUUUUCAGAUAAUUUUUAGAGAUUUCAAAUCUUCAAAUAUCCUUUUGGAUGAACAAUGGAAUGCAAAGCUAUCAGACUUUGGGUUAGCAAGGUUGGGACCAUCAGACGGACUGACUCAUGUCUCAACAGCGGUUGUAGGAACAAUGGGAUAUGCAGCUCCUGAAUAUGUUCAAACUGGACGUCUAACAUCAAAGAAUGAUGUAUGGAGCUAUGGUGUCUUCCUUUAUGAACUUAUUACUGGUAGACGCCCUUUAGAUCGAAAUCGCCCCAGGGGUGAGCAGAAGCUGUUGGAAUGGAUAAGGCCAUACCUAUCAGAUGGGAAGAAAUUUCAACUAAUAUUAGAUCCAAGACUUGAUAAGAAACAAGUCUUCAAGUCGGCCCAGAAACUUGCUAUGAUAGCUAACCGAUGCUUGGUAAAAAAUCCUAAGAAUAGACCAAAGAUGAGUGAGGUGUUGGAAAUGGUGAAUGGAAUGCUAGAAUCUUCUUCAUCCAGUUCCAGUCCACAGUUGCCUUUGCGGAGUGUGGCAACAGUGAAAGCUUCUCAGGAUACAGAAAUAAAUAACAAGAAACGGACCAUGGAUCAGAAACCUGGAGAAAGUAAUUGGUUUGUUAGGAUGUGGAGACCAAAGCUUGUAAGAACAUGCUGAUUAUUGUUUGUAGCUUUAAGCCAUCAAAGCCUGUUCUCGAGAACAAAGCUUUUUCAUGAUCAGGGAAGAUCUUAUGCAUGUUUCUCAAUGCCAUGCUGUCACAAACAAUGUGCAACUUUUCCAUCUUUUCCGUGGAUCAGUGGAUGUGUAUAAAUCUGCCAUCACAUGCUUACUUACCAACUACCAUAGGUGUUUCUUUCAUGGUCAAGCUAUUUGAGGAAAUUUUCAGGGAUGUUUAUGAAUUUAAGGGGGGACGAUAGGUUUUUAUGGAUAUGCAUUGGGAUAUUGGUUGAGCCUGGUGCACAAUGUUGGAAAAUAGUUUUAAAUUAGUCUUUAGCAGCAUGUAAUCCUACUACUUUCAAUAGAGUUUCCUAUAAGUUUGCAGGGCCUUGCAUUAAAUGCACAAAAUGCAUGAAUGAAUUCUUGCAUGGUAAAUGCAAGUUCAA